AUGCCUUACCGGAGGCUGCCCGAGUGGAGCGGCGCAUCAGAUGGAUGCGCUGGCAAAGACAGCGACAUGGUAGAAAUGACAGCAGUACACGUGAAAACACAAACCCCGCCUUCCAUCAAUCGCGACAAUCUCACGCGCGCAACCAUGGAACCGGUAGGACUGGCUGUCGGCAUCGUGGGCCUAGCCGGCCUCUUCAGCUCUUGCUUGGAAGCUGUUGAAAAGUUCGACUCGUACAAAAACUUUGGCCGCGAUUCACGUUCUCUAGCCACUCUGUUCGACACCGACAAGCACCGCUUCGAGCAGUAG